AUUACAGAUACUACUGCUGACUGUAACGGUGUAAAUUUGUGAUUAAAUCAUUUGCCAGAAGGUUGGAGAAAGAUGUGUUAGAACCAUGCAUCUUAUUUUUACCCUGUCACUGUGUCUCUCAAUCGUGCUCAUGACGUCAAUAAUAUCUCUGCUGUCAACAGUGAACGUUAAGGUUAAUGUACAAGAGACCAUGCCCACCAGGAAAUUGGAAACUGGAACCGAAGACAGAUAUUGUUGCCCAUUUAUAAUAUGGGUUGAAAUUCCUGGCUACUUGCCGACUUCAACACGCACCAAAUUGCUAAACAUCGCUCAGCGCACUCACGGAUUAGAAACUGAAUUGGAGAAAGGGUAUUCAGACGGCCGCGGGUUCCUAAGUACAAGUGAACACACUCUGGAGUUCGCGAUAAGACUUGUGUUGUCUUUAACAUGUUUCAGAAGUUUGAACAUGCUGGUAGCAACACUCAUAAUAUGUAAAUCAACCCACGCGUCCUGUCUGUACAAAAGAUGGAUGAGCAUACAGAAAGCUACCAGAUUGUUUUUCAGAAACCUGCCAAUCAGCGGUGGGCACGAAACACCAGAAUACCGAUUUACAUCAAAGGAAACUGAACAAACUCCUGUACCACCCACGAACCCGAAACACUUACCCAGACAUUUCUUUGAACUACGAGAGAGAUUCACAUUCUUCUCGAUUAAACAGGUGUUGCCUGGAUACGAGCUAGGUCGUCAUUAUUCCACCAAGGGCGAAUCAUCCGAUGGUCAGGAAGGGGAAUACCGUUUCGAAGCCAAUCGCAUCAAGAGUUUCAGGAAUUGGCCUUCAGCAUCUCCGGCCUCGUCGCUCAAACUUUCGCGAUCUGGUUUUCAUUAUACUGGAAAGGGUGAUGAAGUAGUCUGCUUCAGUUGCGGAGGACAUUUAAAACAGUGGCGAAAAGGCGACGAUCCACAGGACAAACAUCGUCGAAGCUUCCCAAGUUGCCGUCAAGCCAAUGGCAAUGAUCCCAGGAAUGUCCCGCUGUAUGAAAGGAGCUUCGACGAAACUUUGGCAGACGGUAUGACGGAUCCAUUUCCAAAUCUCGCACGGGAGCAAAGAUCACGCGAGAAUACCGUCAGCAGCUCAUCCUCGUAUUACGGAAGGUUGGCAUCUGCUUUGGAAGCCUCUAGGUUUGGUUCGCUAAGUCCUACAGGCCGUGCUGCCAGACCAUAUGACGUGGAGCCAAGGGAAAUAAAAGCCAGAAUGGACACGGAAUUGGUACAGCUGGUUCUGGGACUUGGUUUCGAACGUCUGAGCGUUCAAAAUGCCGUCGAACAGCGGUUAAGGACCACCGGCGACGAUUUCCUCAGCGCAGAGAGUUUGGUCGAGGCUGUUCUUAAUAUCACCGAAAGCAGACGACAGAGGUUGCCCCAACCGGAAGUGCAUGUUACGUCACCCCCACGUGAUUUGCCACGUCAGCAGUCACAGAUGCCACAUGCAAGUCCUGAAGUCGAAGCCAGCGACCGUACUGGUGAACCUAGUGGGAAAAAGGCUAUGUCUCCGUCAUCGGUUCCUCUUGAUCCAGAUGACGCUUCUAAAAUUCUGAAAGAAGAAAACCUUCGCCUGAAAGAGCAGAGAAGGUGUAAGAUCUGCAUGGACGAGGAGGCCAAUAUUGUUUUUCUGCCGUGCGGCCAUCUUGUCUCCUGUGCCCAAUGCGCCCCUGCUCUGCGGACAUGCCCCAUCUGCAGGUCCUGCAUCCGGGGAACCGUGAGAACCUACAACUAGUGUGACGCCAUUCCGAGAACUUGGUCAACAAAGAGGGCAUUCACAACAGAUGAUCCUUGGGUCUACUGAUCCGCAGAUCAAAUAUGGCGUACCUACGUGAAAGAAGAGGCUUCUAAUCCACUAAUGGUCUUCCCGCCUUCACCCGCGCCGUCCUUACAGGGGUGUUGCAAUUACACCUCGAGCGGAGUCGUGAUUUAAACCAGUGGCGUGCGCUGAGGCAGGAGACCAUCAGUGAAUAAGAUGGCUCUUCUUUCAUGUAGGGUACGCCAUAUUUAAUCCUCGGAUCAGUAGAUCCAAGUGCAAUCUGCUGUUAAUGCCCUCAAAGGCUACUACUGUAUCCAGCUAAGUGCAUUUCACAAAUACUCAUACUAACGUUAACUACUCGAUGCCUUUUCGGUCUUAAAUAAGUGUAAAUCGACAUUAGAAUGAAGCAAAGCAUUAAUAAAUUUUGCUUUCCACUUCAUUUGAAAAUUUGAUCUAGAUGAAAAAUUUAUUCAUCAUAAAAAUUGAGUUUAGGCAGCUCUGGCAGUCUGAUUUUUAGGCUUUAUUCUAAGAAUGUAGUCUAAAAUAGAAGACAUGCGGCCUUUACGAGCGUUUGUGAAACGCGACUUACAAGAUACUUUAAAUACCUAAAAAAAAGUAGGAGAAACCGGUUAAGAUUUUCUGUCAAACUUGUGCCGGGGAUUGUUUUUAUAUAAAAGCCUUAGCCAGAAAUUUUGCCUCAAAUUUUAAACCCUAAUUUUGUGUUUGGAUUCAUAGUAAACCAAUAGUAGCUCAAUUAAAUAGAACAACUUUUAGUCUGCGAAAUAUGUUUUUGUUUUAAAAGAAGCAUAGUCGUUCUGUAAUUGGACUAUUAUUGAAAAACCUUGUGUCAAACUAAACUACUGUUCUAAAAUUUAGGGAAAAUUAAGUUGGCUAAACCUCCUCUGUGUUCAGGUCCGAUGUAACCAAACUUAGGGUCUAUGUUACAGAAAGGCCCGCGAUCCAUUUAGUUGUAAUAGUUA